UGGACGAUACACACAUGCCUGCCACCAAGAAAUUCGCUGUCGCCUAUUAUUAUUAUUUUUUCUCUCUUCCUCCAGAUUUUUCCGAAAACCUCACGAAAAAACAAAAUUAAAAAUAGAAAUCAAAUUUGGAGGCCCUAAAACACAGAGAAGAAACCACGCAACGCUCGAUCUGCGAAUCCUAGAAACCAAUCGAGAGUCUUCUCUGACAUCAGAAAAAUGAUGAUAUUCGUUUCCCUUUCCAUUUGAUACAUUUUUAAUUAGUUCAACGUAUUUGCUUCUUGCAGCUUCUGGCCUAGACCGUAGAGAGAGAAAAUGACAUUUUGGUGAUUCUUUGAUCAAGUUGAGCCAUACCCCUGUGGGUUGCAAUUUUCAAGAUUUUGUUAAUUUUACUUCCUUGUCGCAUAGACUGACUCGGUAGGUUAAAAUAACAAUGGUAGCCGCUGCUGCAACUGCUGCAUUUCUCCCAAUAGCUUCUUCAGCUUCAGAUUCCUCAGCAAAAACUUCUGGGGCACUUGGAGGAAGCAUCCCAACAAGAGUUGAUGCCUGUGGAACUGGUUUUAAACCAAAUUCCUCUGCUCCCCGAAAUAUACAGGUUAAGGCCAAUGCUCAUGCUCCUCACAAGGUCAAUGGGACCAAGGUUGGAGUUAUGGAUGGCCUUAAGACUGAGGAUGAGGUGACAUCAUCACAUGCCCCGAGGACAUUCAUAAACCAAUUGCCUGACUGGAGCAUGCUUCUUGCCGCCAUCACAACAAUAUUCCUGGCAGCUGAGAAGCAAUGGAUGAUGCUUGAUUGGAAACCGAGGCGGCCAGACAUGCUUGCUGACCCCUUUGGUUUAGGAAGGAUUGUGCAAGAUGGUUUGAUUUUUCGUCAAAACUUCAGUAUCAGGUCUUAUGAAAUAGGAGCUGAUCGUACUGCAUCUGUAGAAACUUUGAUGAACCAUUUGCAGGAAACAGCUCUUAACCAUGUAAAGACAGCAGGACUGUUGGGUGAUGGCUUUGGUUCGACUCCGGAAAUGUGCAAAAGAAAUUUAAUUUGGGUAGUUACCAAAAUGCAGGUUGUUGUAGAUCGUUAUCCUACUUGGGGUGAUGUAGUUCAGGUUGAUACUUGGGUAGCUGCAUCCGGGAAGAAUGGGAUGCGCCGAGACUGGCUUGUACGUGAUAGCAAUACUGGUGACAUAUUAACUAGAGCUUCGAGUCUAUGGGUGAUGAUGAAUAAAGAGACGAGGAGGUUGGCCAAAAUUCCAGAUGAGGUCCGAGAAGAAAUAGGAGGCUAUUUUGUCGAUUCGCUGCCUGUUGUAGAUGAGGACAGUAGAAAGCUACCAAAACUGAAUGAUGGCAAUGCUGACUACAUCCAUGCUGGUUUAACUCCAAAAUGGAGCGAUUUGGAUGUAAACCAGCACGUUAAUAAUGUGAAAUAUGUGGGAUGGAUUCUUGAGAGCGUUCCAUUACCCAUCUUGGAGACUCAUGAACUUGCUGGCAUGACUCUCGAGUAUAGGAGGGAAUGCAGGAGGGACAGUUUACUGCAAUCCCUCACUUCUGUGGUGAGCAAUAGUGUUGGUGACUUGGCAAAUUCUGGUUAUGUUGAGUGCCAGCAUUUGCUUCGACUGGAGGGUGGUGCUGAAAUUGUCAAGGGGAGGACCGAGUGGAGACCCAAAUAUAGUAGUAGGGUGGAGAGCUGGGGUGAGCUUCCCGCUGGAAGUGCUUAAGCCUGUGUCUACGCAGCUGGAGUGAAACUAGUCUUGUUUCUGUUUGUCACUGUUUUGUUCUGUGAUUUUCCCCUAUAAAUCCAAGUCUAGUCUAUGAUAUUUAUUUUAUUUUUUUCACUUGUCUGUUCUGCUUCCCUUGGGAGAAAUAGAGAAUCAGUAUUGUCAUUUGUAAGUACCCGUGCUGCUCUCUCUCUCUCUCCCCCCCCUCUCCAGCUAAUGCUCAAAUUUUAUUGUCAUUAUUUGUAAUGGAAGUUGUUUCUCACGAGGAUGUGGUCCAAUUUCAUUUCUGCUUCACA